UUGGUUACCAUAGCAACAUAAAUAUUUGUUUGGUUGAGGUUAUAUUCUUAUCGGAUUUCGUAGUUCACAAUUAUUUUGCUCCGUAAAAUCAAACAAUAAAUCAUGGAAGAACUUGAAACACCGCAAAUAAUUACACACCUUGAGAAGAAUCUCGACCACUCUUUAUUCGACUGUAAAUGGAUUCCCUGUUCAGCAAAGUUCGUAGUUAUUGGAUGCCUGCCAAGGGGUACGGGGACUAUUGAAAUAUAUGAAAUCGCUUCAGGUGAAGCCAAAAAAGUAAAGGAAUUGGAAAGACCUAAUUCUUUCAAAUGCGCAACCUUUGGAGCUAGCAGCGAUGUAGAUAGAAAACUUGCGACUGGCGAUUUUAAAGGAACUUUAGAAAUAUGGGAUUUAGAAGCAAAUAAUCAAGUAUAUAUCACCAAAGAGCAUACUGAUAUUAUAAACUCCAUAGAUGCCAUGGGAGGCAACAAAUCUAACUGUGGAGCUCCAGAGAUUGUUACUGGCAGUAGGGAUGGUACUGUUAAAGUAUGGGAUCCUCGUCAGAGAGGUAAACCUGUAGCCAACAUGCAGCCAGCUAAAGGAGAGGCCAAACGAGACUGUUGGUCCGUAGCCUUUGGCAACUCCUUCAAUGACUGUGAGAGGAUUGUCUGUGCUGGAUACGACAAUGGAGACCUCAAGAUGUUUGAUCUACGCACCAUGUCACUUAGAUGGGAGUGCAAUUUGAAAAAUGGGGUAUGCUCAGUUGAGUUUGAUCGCAAAGACAUCCCGAUGAACAAACUAGUCGCGACUACAUUAGAAGGAAAGUUCCAUGUCUUCGAUGUAAGGACUCAGAACCCUACAAAGGGUUUCGCCCAGGUGUUAGAUAAUUCCAGCAAAAGCGGCACAAUAUGGGUCGCGCGACAUGUACCUCAAAAUAGGGAUUUGUUCGUAACUUGUGCUGGGAAUGGACACGUCACUCUUUGGAAAUAUGAGUACCCGGAGCAGCGCUACCGCACAGACGACAAAGGCGUGGCGUGCGGCGUUGCGGGCAAGCUCAAGAAGCUGCAGCGAAUGGUGGUGAGCACACAGCCCAUCAACGCCUGGGAGUGGAACAGAGACCAUACGGGUCUGGCCAUAGCCACCGCAUACGACCAGUGCAUUCGCGUGCUUGUCACUACUAAACUUAACUUGCAGUGAAGGGGCAGAGCGCGUGAAAUCCCAUAUUACAUAAUAUAAUGUUACUGUAAAAGCCCGAAGUACGGCAGGCUUCCGUUGUAAGGAUUUAUCACUGAAGUAAGAUAAAUGUUAAAAACGUUUAGCUGUGAUCAAGUAA